AUGGCACAGGUGAGCGUGCCGCCUACGCCCACUACCACCACCGACACCACGACGCUCAUGUCCUUGCCAACGGCAGUAUCGCUUGGCGACGUGGCGGCCCUCGCGAAGCACCGUCAGGCCGGGACCGAUUUUAAUGCCGCAUUGUCUUCUAGCGGAUGGACAGCGGCGCACUAUGCCGCUCUUCACGGCCAGGUGGGAGCGCUGAAGUUCCUGCGCGAGGCAGGGGCCAACCUCGAUGCGAAGGACAUCUACGGUGACACGCCGGCCUUCUUGGCGGCCAGGGAUGAGCGGGUGAACUCACUGCAGGUGCUGGCUGAGGCCUCUGCCAACUUGAGUGCGACAGACAGCCUGGGCCUCACGCCGGCCUAUUCGGCAGCCUCAGGUGGGCAGUCCAAGGCGCUGAAGGCUCUCGCCGAGGCCGGGGCCAACCUGCAAACGACCGAACUCGACGGAAGUUCCCCGGCGCACGCGGCCGCGUUCUCUGGCCACCUGGAGGCCCUGCGCGUCCUGAUCAAGGCUGGUGUCAACCUCACAGUCAAAGACGAUGCUGGAUAUACUCCAGCCGACAACGCUGCCUCGAACAACAAGCAAGAGGCGCUGAAGCUUCUCCUCGAGGCGGGAGGAAGGCUUGCACAUUUCACUACGACCACCACCACGACGACCACCGCAACGACCGACGCCCUGAGCUCCUUGAGAAAGGCUGCCCUGUUUGGCGGCGUGGCGGCCCUCGCGCGGGAGCGUCAGGCUGGGUCCGAUUUGGAUGCGAAAGUGGGCUCUGACGGAGACACAGCGGCGCACUAUGCAGCACUCUUCGGCAAGGCGGAUGUGCUGAAGUUUCUCCACGAGGCAGGUGCCAACCUCAACGCGACAAACAACAAGGGCCAGACGCCGGCCUACUUGGCAGCCAUGGAGGGGCACACGGAGGCGCUGGAGUUUUUGGCCGAGGCACACGCCGACCUCGCUUCACCAGACAAGUAUGGUUACACGCCGGCCUCAAGUGCAGCACUCGGCGGGCGUGCGGAGGCCCUGGAGGUGCUGGCCAAGGCCGGGGUCGACCUCAAUGCGGCGGGCCAGCAGGGACGAACCCCGGCCCACCGCGUCACCGAAAGAGAACACUUCGGCGACUACGGCACCACUCGCCACAGCCACGACGACGCGCUCCGCGUCCUGAUCAAGGCCGGUGUCGACCUCAACAUCAAGGACAAGCAGGGAAACACACCGGCCGACGAAGCUGCCGAGCGAGGAAACCUUCAGGCUCUGAAGCUGAUCCUCGAGGCGGGUGGCAAACGCAGCAAACUCUGA